UGUUGUCCCGCCCACCUCACUAUCCUUGGCACCAGCUGUUUACUUUGUCUGUCAAUCACAUGACGCCACCAAAGUGUUGUUCAGUCGCCUUUGACAGCUCCACCGGACAGAAAAAGACUGAAGCCCACGGAUGUAGCCUAGCAGCCUGCUAGCCAACCGCAGAGAAAGGUAGCCAUUGUUUGAGUUGUUGGCUAACAUGGCAACGAAAGCUAACAUUAGCAGCGUCGGCUAGACGGGCUUCACUACCGUGUUAUUGCAGAAGAUACUGCUCUGGUCAUCCUGCAUGAUGUGCAACGGUCGUGAGGAUAGUGAGCAAUUCCUGUCCCUCUCUCCCUCAUCCUGGGCCAGCCCUCCUAUUUAUUAAUAUCCCUGAAGUUUCUCUCCCAACCUGCCAAGAUGACCGACAGGAAGGAGCCACCAUUCUUUAAUGACGACAGUGUAGGAGCUUUCCACUAUAAGCUCCCUUUCUAUGACACUAUGGAGCUCUUCAUAGAGACCCUGACAGGGACCUGUUUUGAGCUGCGUGUGUUGCCCUUUGAGGCUGUCAUUUCAGUCAAGGCAAAAAUCCAGAGGCUGGAAGGUAUCCCUGUUGCCCAGCAACACCUUAUCUGGAACAACCUAGAGCUGGAUGAUGAACAUUGUCUACAUGACUAUGGCAUUGCAGAGGGCUGUACUUUGAAACUGGUCUUAGCUAUGAGAGGAGGCCCAAUUAACACCAGGAGAGUAACCAUGGAGGAUCCUAUCAAAGAUGUGACCGAUCUAAUGGAGAGCACAAAGGAAGACGGUUGGGAGAAAAGCCUGGCCAAUAAGCAGGUUACAUUUGUGGUCUAUCGUGAAAAUGACCAGCUAAACUUCUUCCGAGUAGUCGACAGAGGAGAUGGCACCCUGACCCCUCUGUCUGAAUCUAUGAGUGGUGGCUCGGUGUACAAUGUGUGUGCAGAGGAGGAGGAGGAUGGAGAGAGUUCUGCAGCUGCACAACAAAGCCUUGAGAACUCCAUCACCAUGAACAAAAUGAAGCAACUCAAAGCCAAGAUGGAGGACAUGAACCUAAACAAAAAGCCGAAGAAGUUGGCAAAGGUAAAACCACGGCCCCCUGUCAGCCCACAUCCCUGCGGUGGCUCCCUAGGACCUUCCAGCACGCGACACCAUCAUCGCCUCUUUCGUUCGCUCCCCCAGAUCAACCAGUCUUGGCAGUCAAAUGCACAACUACCUCCAAUUGCAGACCAUGAAUCCGUAGAUCCUUCCCUGCCCUCGGCUGCUGCAACAUCUGCCCACUUUUCUAUCCCUAGACGACCCCCGCCUUCUUUCUCCUCUGCGUCCUGUUACAUGCUUCAGGAGGAGGAGCCAUGGGAAACAUGCCCACCAUUUGCAAAGAUACGCCCCCCUCCCAAAGUGUCCCGGUUGGACAUUGGCAGCACCAGGUUGAUGAGGGACUGUGUGUACCCCCAGCUCCCUCCACUGUGUAUCAGGGGGCCACCUGAAGCUACCUUUGACCCAACUGAGCCUGCAGGGGAAUCAAUCGGGCUGGGUUUAUUAGAGGAAGCUCCUGGGCUUGUGGUGCCAGCACAACCUGGAGCACCAUUUGGCGACCUGUUAGACCCUCUGAGUCUGGAUGUGUCCAGCCAGCCAGAGGGAGGUCAUCUGUCCCUCGACAUUGGGACUCAGCACCAGUUGCCAGUCUCCCCCUCCCCACUCAGUACCUGGACACUUGGAACAAGUGAUACUUUUACCAGCAGAGGUGAUAGGACACAGCUCGGCACACCAUUUCAUACCAGCCCCCCCUCUCCAUUGCCAGGCUGCACCUCACCAUCCACUUCUACUAGGCUGCUGCCUCAGGCUUUUGAUUCCACACUCUCCUGUUUACAGCCCAACCUUCAAGCACAAGCCUCAGCACAAAUUAGGCCAGACAGCACAUCCCCUCAACCCUCCACCACCCCGUCCAACCAUCCGCCACGCCUUCGUGGUGUUAAAGUGGAGUCACCUGGCAAGAGGCCAGAGCUUAUCUCCAAGAGGGAAGCAAGAGGCAUCACUAAGAUGGCCAACCAAGCCCGUAAGGAGCCACUGGGGUCCCUGAACAACGCUGAACUCUUGGCUUCUCUCUCCACAAGGGCUCCAGAAAGCAGCAACAGAGACAGCCUUGGAGAGAGUCUGGGACUCACACUGGCCUUGCCCCCUGCCACUGCCUCAGCACCAGACAGCCUUGGCUCCAGGCUGCCAUCUAUUCCAACUAACAGGCUCAUACAGGAGGAUCUAAUAAGACAAAUGUCACCAUUGCACCGAGCAGCAGCGUCUUACAUGGCCACCAACAGUUUUGCAUCAGCUGGUGGAGUCAUGACUUCCUUCGGGAGAAUAGGCACUCCAACAUACCACCUACCUCCAGUCAAGGCUCCCACAGGCAGCAAGAAGAAGAGCUCAAAGCAUUGCUUCCUCUGUGGCAAGAAGACUGGCCUGGCUACCAGCUACGAGUGCAGGUGUAGUCACAACUUCUGUGCCACCCACCGCUACGCAGAGACGCAUGACUGCACUUAUGACUACAAGAGUGCCGGACGGAGAUUUCUGCAAGAGACCAACCCUCUCAUCAGUGCUCCCAAGCUGCCUAAGAUCUAGACCCUACAACUGUCGCCUCUCUUAGGGGACGACCUGCAGAACUACAGGUUAGAUUGACUGAAUGGAGGCGAUUCUGCAAAGUCAUUUCUAGCAGAAGGAAGGAACUUAUUCACCACUGUGUGCUUUUUUUAUCAGCCAAGUUUGCUUAAAAUUUAAAUAAAAUAUUCUGUAAAGCCAAGUGUGAACAAACAAGAGUAGACUGAAAUGGCAAAUAACUAAUUAUUACUUAUUGACAAUGUGAAGAUGUUUAUCCUUUUUAUCUGUUACCUUGUUCUUUUUUCAUUGUGUAAAAACAAAAAAAAACCUGUGCUUGUAUGUAGGUAGUUUUUGCUAAAUAUAUCUGCUGCACGACAGACAUAUCUAUUUUUAGUUUUAUCAGCCUUUUUUUUCUUUAAAAGAUAGUACCGCUGAUGACUUUUCAUUCGACAAGUCUUUGACAGAUGCACUUUAGAACUAUCAUAUUUAUACAUCUGACUUUCCUUAUUGUGAGGGGGAGGAUACUUAAAUUUUUUGUGUUUGUCUUAUGAAGUCUUUAUGUUGUCAUCCAAAUUUUUAUAUAUUCUUCACAUCUAAAAAUCUUUCUUACAUGGGCACAUACAUACCGACAUCACUAAUGAAAUCUUUUCUCUAAAGAGAACAGUACACCCACUUAUUAAUGAAAUACUUAAUAUUUAUUAAUGAAUAUUAUUUAAAUUCAAGGUUGGUUUUGAAAUAGCAAGUAUGCAAUGUGUGUAGGUGUGAAUGUCAGUUGUAAUCUGUAAUCCUAUCAAGUAAACUGUAUUAGGAUUGGGGGGGGGGGGGGGGGGGGGGGUGCUUAUGGUAUUUAUGAUGUGUCUAUAAGUAAGGUGGUUGCCAUAAAAAAAAUCUUUUGUAAUUCUUUUUUAUUGCUCAGCUGUUGCAAAAACUUUAAAUGCUGUUAUGGUAUCUACAGGGGUUUGGUCUAAUAAAGUUUCUUUCCAUUACAUACUUUACAUCACUGACUCCAACAACUGUCUGAUAAUUAUAUUUUCAUUUGACUGCUUUUUUUUUUUUAACAGAUACAUAAUUUCUUCAUAGUGUCCUUGCUGUUUCAGCUCCUCAUUAUUUGCACAUUGAACAUUUGAACCCUAAUUGUUCUUCUCAUAUUGCUGUGAAGUAGAUGAGAAAGUGUUUGUGUUUGUUAUCAAUGACUAAUUCUGGUCACAUUAAGUACCCUGUCCCCCUGACGCAGACACUCAGCUAGUUCCUUAGCAACAAGCUGAAAUUUGCCUCACACCUGCUGAACAUUAGACCCCCCCAAUCCAAUUUCUAGCCAAAGUUUGAACAGAUAUGGUUGAAGAGAACAUCUUGCUGGGUCGUCCUUCAUUAGCGAUGUGUCACCAUCUCCAGAUGCGAUCACAUUAAUGAGAUGCUUUCCAGUCAUUUGUGUUUCUCAGCAGGUUGUGUGUUAUAAGUGCCACAACAAGACACCACUCGUGUUUAAAAACAAAACAAAAAAACAUCUCUGACCAAAAACAAAAGUGAAAGUGGUCAAGCUUUUAAAUUUGGUUCAGAUAGGACUUUGCAAAGAUGGAUUGACCCACGCUGGGCUUUCUGCCACUGGUUCACAUUUUCAAAUGCUAUGUCUGCAUAUUAAUUAUUUUUUCUGUGAGAACACUUCAAAGCUAUAGUCUGUUGAUAUAACACGUUCAUGUUCAAAAAAUAAACUAAUUGAGGAAU